UCCAGUGGCUCAGUUGGCUCUCAGACGUGACGAAGGGAGGGUGUACGUCUUUGUCUCUCCACAAUUUCGUGUAUGAAGAGAAAAAACACACACUUCUCUUCUCUCAUCCAUCAGACUUCAAGAGAAAAGGAAGAGAAUACAUAAGAGACACGUGAUAAAGCUUGGAAAUAGACAACAAACGAAGAAUAAGUGAAAUUAAGAGAAAAAAAAGCCAAAUGUGUCAAUUAGAUCUCAUUACGGGAGUGUGUGUGUUCGUACGUGCGUGUUCCGAGGCAUGAGGAGGAGGAGGAGGAAGACCAAGGAGGAGGAAGAGGAGGAAGAGUGCCGUAAAGAAGGAGGAGGAGGAGGAAGAGGAGGAGGAGGAGGAGGGAGAGGAGGAGGAGGAGGAGUGGGAGGAAACGUUAUAUUGAGGGACUAGGGAUCUCUCUCUCUCUCUCUCUCUCUCUCUCUCUCUCUCUCUCUCUCUCUCUCUCUCUUCUUUCCUUCCCCUCCCUUCCCCUUCCCUUCCCUUCCCUUCCCUUCCUUUCCCUUUUACUGCUAACUUAAAUUAAUCUCUCUCUCUCUCUCUCUCUCUCUCUCUCUCUCUCUCUCUCUCUCUCUCUCUCUCUCUCCUGCAAUAUCGUAAUACAAGAACAAAAACAAGAAGAAGAAGAAGAAGAAGAAGAAGAAGAGGAAGAAGAAGGAGAAGAAGAAGAAGAACUACUACUACUACUACUACUACUACUACUACUACUACUACUACUACUACUACCACCACCAUCAUGAUUCUCAGCAAAGAUCUUCAGGAAAUACUGGAAGGCGUGCACUACUUCCUGGCCGAGGCGCUGCAGAAGGAGUCACUCUCAGGGCGAGCAGAGUGCCUUCGCCGGGGCCUGAUACUGCAGUUGGAGGGCCUGGCAGGAGUGUACCCAACCCUUCGCAUUCAACCCGGGGAGCCUGGAGGGGGCGGUGGUCUGGGGGGCGCUAAGGGACCGGGAUCUGCCACCUCUCUACCGUACCUGGCUAUGAAUCAAAGUGGCAACACCACCACCUCCACCCCCUCCCUGCUCAUCACCCCCACCACCACCACCACCACCAACCCCUACAGCACCACCAGCAGCAGCAGCGGAGUCAACAGCAGUGGAAACAGCAGUAGGGGAAGCAGUGGGGAUGGCUUCGUAGGGGGGCGCCCACUAGGGGGGGGCACCUCCACCCCCACCACCACCACCACCACCCUGGACAGUGGUGGUGGUGAUGAUAUGGAAAUGUAUGAGGCUUUUGAUGAGUUCACGGAGGACGAGAUCGUGGAGAGCAGCAGCAGACCAGGAGGAGGAGGAGGAGGAGGAGGGAAGGAGGAGGAGGAGAAGGAAGAGGAUGGGGUCUACACAGAAACGGAGGAGGUUGUGUCUUUCUCCUCUCUCAUUGCCUCCUGUGAGCGCCACGGCCCCCUGGGUAAGAAGACCAAGGGGUUACUACGCAAUGUGAAGACGUACCAGUGUGUGGCCACCGGGGGCUGCCUGUACCUCUUCAUCAAGGACUCCGACGACAGGCAAAGGAAGACCAUAGACCUGACUGGCUACACUGCGCGUCCUGCUACCGGGGAGGAGAUUAAGGACACAAGGAAGAGGGAUGCUGCUUUCGAGAUGGUCUGUCCGGGGAAGAAGACUCAUACGUUCAUCGCACGGACCGCCAAGGACAAGAAUGAGUGGCUGACGGCUCUUGAUCGCACUAUUCGAAGUGGACGAUCACGCCCCUCCAUUGUGCCACCCCCCGCCCCUGGCCCCGCUCCCCCCUCGCACCAGUUCAGGCCCCAGAAACCCACCCACCAGCCCCCCCAGCCCUCGGAGGAGUAUAAAUAUUACCAUGAUGUGGCGGAGGAGAUACAGGAGGAGGUGUAUGAGGAGAUUGCAGGAGACUUAGUAGAGGAAGGAGGGGGAGGGGGGGAAUCUCUCCUCUCCCCCUCCCGCCCCAGCCUCCCCACCUCCAGGCCUCCAGCACCCCCCCCUCACCACCCCCAGGCCUCCUCCUCCACCUCCUCCUUGCUUGAUUAUGACCCGGUGGAGCCCGAGGACACCCCAUGCAGCAAAGGCCCCCCUCCACGCCCCCCACCCCCCAACCUCCCCACCCAACCAUCCCGGGAGGAGGAGGGGGAGGACUCAGACGAUGGAAUUUACUGCGAGAUCGAUGAAGAUACUUUAGAGGAAGCCCGACAAAAUUACAGCAGGGGGUUCAUGGGGGCGGAAGGGGGGUCAGGUGGGUCAGCGGGGUCAGUGGGGUCAGGGUCAAAGUUGAAACUACCCCUUCCGCAACCCCCCUCGCACAGCACAUCCCCCUCCACCCCCCCCACGCCCACUCCGACACAUAUGGGAAAACUAACCGAGGAAGUUUUCAGUCGGUUAUCGAACUUCGCCGCUCAGCCCCAGCCCCCCAAUGCCCCCGGGACCCCCCCACGGCUUCCCCCCAAGGGUGUGCCAGCCCCCGAGAGCGACGACUCAGAGUAUAAAGUCCCCAUGGGUGCAAAUAUGGAGUACCAGGUUCCGACGUCGCACCCGGUUCAAUUUGACCAGUCCAAGGGCGGGAAGGGUACUGGGGGUGGGCUUAGCGGGCAGAAGACUGAUAAGAUAACCGCUCGGCUGGCCAUGAGAGCUGCGGGUGAAGAGGGAGAUGAUACGGAAGCUGAAAACGGGUGUGAUUCUAGUGAUGUGAAGAAAGGGGGUAUUGGGGUCAUCUCAAGUCCGCUGUUGCCGCCCCCCCCCAAGGCCGAGGUUCUUCCGAUUAAAACAUCACUUGAGAGAAAGCCCCCAGUUAAGGAUGAGAAGAAGGCGGUGUCGUCCUUUUUGGGGCGAGGCGACAAGGCGGGGGGCAAUGGGGGUGACAGCUGCCCCGCCCCGCAUCUCCGGUCCGGCCCCUCCGCCUCCGUCAAGGACAUGAUCGCACGACUCAACCAGAAUCGCACCCAGCAGCCCCCCCCCACCUCCCCUGCCUCUUCCCCCACCCCCUCCCCCACCCCCCCAGCCACCAAGAUCCCGGCCCUCCCCAAGCAACACCUCAUUGAGAAGCCUGCCACGCCCCCCCGCCCCCCCUACCUCCGUGGUGACUCCCCCCAACCCCCCAAGAAGGAAGAGGAGGUGCAGGAGAAGGAGGAGCAGGAGGAGGAAGAGCUGUAUGCAGAGCUGGAGGAUGUGUCACCAGGAGGAGGAGGAGGAGGAGGAGGAGAAGAAGAGACGGAAGGUGAGUGGUAUGUGGCUAAGUUCGCCUUCGUAGCCACACUCCCCCAGGCGAUGAGCUUUGGCCGGGGCGACGAACUGCUGGUGUACGACAGAUCGGGUGACUCUGGGUGGUGGCGGGCCAAGCUGAGGGGGAAGAACGGACUCAUCCCCCGCGAGUACGUCAGGAAGAAGGAUUGAGGCGGAGGAGGAGGAGGAGGAGGAGAGAAGGAAGAAAAAAUUACAUACUUGUGAGAUUGUGAAAAGUAGGAGGAGGAGGAGGAGGAGGAAGAAGAUGAAGAAGAAGAGGAUAUUGUAUCGUUCUAGGACUGAGAAGAAGACGAGGAGGAGGAGGAGGAGGAGGAGGAAAGAAAAAGGAAGGAAGGAAGGAAGGAAAAAAUGAUAUAUUUGUGAGAUUCUGAAAAGUAGGAGGAGGAGGAGGAGGAGGAGGAAGAAGAAGAUGAAGAAGAAGAGGAUAUUGUAUCGUUCUAGGACUGAGAAGACGAGGAGGAGGAGGAGGAGGAGGAAAGAAAAAGGAGGAAGGAAGGAAGGAAAAAAUGAUAUACUUGUGAGAUUCUGAAAAGUAGGAGGAGGAGGAGGAGGAGGAGGAAGAAGAAGAUGAAGAAGAAGAGGAUAUUGUAUCGUUCUAGGACUGAGAAGAAGACGAGGAGGAGGAGGAGGAGGAAAGAAAAAGGAAGGAAGGAAGGAAGGAAAAAAUGAUAUACUUGUGAGAUUCUGAAAAGUAGGAGGAGGAGGAGUUUGAGAAGGAAGGAAAGGAAAAGGAGGAGGAGGAGGAGGAGGAAGAACAGGAGAAAAGGAGGGAUAAAGAAGAAGAAGAAGGAGAAGAAGAAGAAGAAGAAGAAGAAGAAGAAAAAGACCAGUGCUGUAAAAAAACUAUUAUUAUUAUUAUUAUUAUUAUUAUUAUUAUUAUUAUUAUUAUUAUUAUUAUUAUUGUCAUUAGUUUUAAGAUAGGAUUUUUAUAUUAAUUUUAAGAUCAAACAAAAUCCAAAGAAAGGAAUUUAAAACCAUUGACGAAAGUGAAAAUCUAUACAUAUAACAUUUUAAUCCUAAUAUAUAUAUAUAUAGGCCUACUUUUUUUUUGUAUAUACGCACACACACACACAUACACACAUCGCUUGUUACUAUACGCACACGUGACUGUUUUCUGUUUUCCUAAUGCGUACAUACACGAUUGGUACACACACAAUUAAACGUUCAUGUGUCUAUAUGUUGCUUUGUGUGUGUGUGUGUGUGUGUGUGUGUGCGUGUGUGUGCGUAAUUUAACUUAUGGUGCCAAAGGGGCCAAAGAUAUUUGUAAGUGUGUGUGUGUGUGUGUGUGUGUGUGUGUGUGUGUGUGUGUGUGUGUGUUCGUUCUGGUCUACUUCCUGUACAAUACUAGUCCAGUCCGCCAAAAUGAGUGCUUCUCUCUCUCUCUCUCUCUCUCUCUCUCUCUCUCUCUCUCUCUCUCUCUCUCUCUCUCUCUCUCUCUCUCUCUCUCUCUCUCUCUCU